AUGUCUACUACCACCAUCCACUGCCCUUCCUGCAAGAGAACCUUCAAGACUCACUCCCAUCUUAAUGCACAUAUCGCACUGGCCCCAAAUUGCAAGUGGGUGCAAACCAUGUGCAAUCCCCAGAACGAUGUCGAAAUGAGAGAUUAUCGUGAGCUGAGCGACCAGGAUGGCGGUGAUGUGGAUGAAGCUGAGUUAGGUGAAAUCGAAGAUUUGCGACACAAGGCUGGAUUGCCAUCCCACACUUCUGUAGGCCUGCCCCAUCGAGCCAUGUGCAAUGACUGUGGAGACCCCAUACUUGUAGUUGAGAGACAUCCAGAAGCAGGCUGGGUCUUGCAAUGUGAUGAUGCUACUGAUGCUACAUAUACGCGGACCUGCUGUGACCUUCAGAGCGAGGAUAAUCAGUAUCACCCUUUUCUCAAUGAAGAUUUUUUGUCCAUUGACAAGGUGAACAGUAAACUUGGACUAUCCUACAAGAAUGCUUGUGCUCUUCACCAAAAAAUUGAUCACAAACUCCCUGGUGUUACUCCGUGGAGACACAAUCCUGUCGAAUCUAUCAAAGAACUGUGGGCUAACCCCACCUAUCUUGAGCACCUUACCUAUGCGCCCAAAUGCCACUUUGCAGAUGAAGGGAAAUCUGAACACAUUUAUGAUGAGUUCAUGAGUGGUGAUUGGGCAUGGGAAAUGCAGACACUUCUUCCAGAUGGCGCUACACUUGUUCCUGUCAUUCUCAGCUCUGACAAGACCCAGCUUUGCCAAUUUUGA